AUGUCAUUGAACGGUUCUGAAAAUCUAGAUCCAAGAUUUAACCAUCAUUACGGUUCAGCAGAUGAAAAUGAUCCAAAUAACCAUCCUCAUCAUGUUCCUUCAUUCAAAGAAUAUACUAAAUCAAUUUCAAAACCACCUUCAACUUCAUUCUAUUCAAAACCAACUUCAAAUAUAUCAUCUAGAAAUGGUUCAAUUCCUUCCAAAAAUAGAGUCCCAGUUGUUACCUCUUUCAAUAAGAAUGACACAAAAGAUGCAGUUCAAAAGCUACUCAUUAAUGACGCUAGAAGACAUGAAAAUGGUGUUUUGAAACAAUUGAAUAAUUUCCAUUCCAAUACUUCAAAUAUUAGAGUUCCAACUUCCUCAAUUAUUCCUUACCAUAAUGUUCAAAUUGUUGAUGAACAAGAGACAAAGCUUAUCCCUCCAACCGCUUCUGAUAGUGAUUAUGAUGAGGCUCCUUUAUUAGAUUUAUAUAAAGCUGAUGAAUUGGAGAGUAAAAUAGAUCCAGGUUCUACUGCUAUUUUGAACUCGGGUAUAACUUAUGAACAAAUAACAUCAGCAACAAAGACUUUAACCUCCCAAGAGUAUGACCCGAUUUUGCAAACUUUAGAUGAUUCAAGAAUUUCAUUUUUAAAUCCACAUCAAGCAUAUGUUAAAGUUAAUUAUCCACAGUAUACAAAACCUUUAGCUAAGAAUGGAACCCCAUUGGAUUUAUCUCAAGUUCCUAAAAACAGACUUGCACCUCCUUUUUUGGAUUAUGAAGAACCAAAAUUAUCACAAGAUGAAACAAAAUUGUUACAAGUUUUAGAUCAUGAUUUAAAAUUAGAAUCGUAUGGUGAUGAUAAUCAAUUUGAAUUUGAGGAUGUAAAUGCUGUGGAAAAUAUUGGUGGGUUCGUUUCAUUUUUACAAAAACUUUUCAAAACUGGACCAUUUUCAAAAGAGGCAAAAUAUUACAAGAAGUUCCCAUGGGCUAAGAUUUUCCAUAAUAUUGAUCAAGAAUCUGAUCUUGAGAACCAACUGACCAAAUAUGAAAAGACUAAUAAUGGGGACUCUGUUUUAUUUGAAAGAAACAAUACUGAUAUGUUUCCUAUUAAUGGAGUUAUUUCAUCACCUUUACCAUUAUAA